AUGACGAAAAAGCAGGACCCAACGUCCCUCAUAUCGGAAGACUCGGUAUUGGGUGACUCGUGGAUUCCUAUCUAUGAGGAACCCGUGGACUUUGACGCCAGCCAUUUUGAUACUGCCAUGAGUAACCUCAUACGAGAACCCAAUAUCAACUCAACAGUGAUCAUGAGAGCAGAUAUCCUCGAACAAAACAAGUAUAAUGACAAGGGAGAGCUUGAGGACACCAAGAGCUUUAACCUGGAACUUCCAGCGUUUGACUCCGGCAACUCGGACUCCCAGGAACUUCUCCACAGAGAUCUAGAUGAUAUCAAACUUCGAUCAGUACCCUUGAAUGGCCUGAAGGUAAAGCUCCUUGAUAGCUACAAUGUCAUUCGUCGCAUGAUUCCAAGGAAUCCUUAUAAAGAUCACAUUAUCAAUCAGACUUGUUUGGUUCUCCUGGGUAAUCAGGGACAGUCAGUUUUAGUGGUCUAUAUCCCUCACAUCCAGCAUAUCGAAGAAGUUCCCUUUUACCUCCCACCAGUGAUAGCUGUGGGUAUUCUAUAUCAUGAAGGAAAGCUUCUGAUCCAUUAUGUUCCAUUCCAAGGUACAAACAUGAGAGAAAUGGAUCUUUCAGAGAGACCAUUUAGAAUUGCAUUAAGGCUUCUCCAGACGUCGGCAAAACAUUCUCUGGGAGCUAAGCUGGGUUAUGAAAAGAGAGUCAAGCAUGAUCUUGUCGUUCCUCGCGUUGCUUUUCAGAAUCGUUAUAUUGCAUUGAAGAAGAAGUACCUGGCGGAAUUGGUUGCAAAUUGGUGUGAGAGCACCGAUCCAAAGAAGCAUGUCUUUGAAGACUUGGCUGUGGCCGCAUUUCUUAUAGAACUAUGGAACGAUAGGUAUCCUGAGAAAGACUUUGAGUUCCGUGAUUUAGGGUGUGGUAACGGUCUACUUGUACAUAUAUUGAUCAUGGAGGGUUACAAAGGUAAAGGCAUUGAUGCUCGUGCCCGUAAGUCCUGGAAGACUUACCCAGCUGAAGUGCAGAAGUGUCUUACAGAGCAGAUUAUCAUCCCCGGUAUCCUUUUAAAGCCUCACCCUACUGUGGCCAAGAUGGCUCCUCAUAUCACUAAUAAUGGUCGUCUUUUCCAAGUUCCGGAAGCCGAUACACCGCAUCCAAAGCAGGUUCCGCUUAUGAAAUACUACUCCUCGGCCAAUCUUCUUGAAUCUUCCAAGGUUUGCACGACGGAAGAAUUCCCUAAAAACACUUUCCUCAUUGGAAAUCACUCUGAUGAACUCACAUGUUGGAUGCCUCUUUUCAACCUACCUUUCGUUGUUAUUCCUUGUUGCUCACAUGCUCUCAGUGGUGCAAAAAUCCGUUAUAAUCCUCGUCCAAAUUUCGACCCUGUCACGAAAGCCAAGUUGCCUCCUCAAAACGUAUCUACAUAUGGUGCAUUAGUCGACCAUGUGGAAGACUUGGCUCAAAAAAUGGGCUGGGAUGUUGAAAAAGAGAUUUUGAGAAUUCCCAGUACGAGAAAUGCUGCUAUCAUUGGAAUUCAAAAGCAAGAUGCUUUUAAAGACGAGCCAGAAGAGGUGACUGGAAUGAAGACUAUAGAUAUUCUUGCCACGGAAGGAGGAGCUGAAGGAUGGGUAGAGAACUCCAUGGCACUUAUGAAAAAGAACCCAAAGAACCAUUAA